AUGCAAGAUACUUGUGGCUGCGCAGAUGUCAAUCACCGGGUUGACAUUUUUCAACCUGGAUAUACACAACCACUUCUCUGCGUUGGCUGGUUCACUGCACUUGCGUCGUUUAACAGCAGUCAACAGCGAAAGAAGAGCAUCUUCGUAACGCGAAGAACUGCUCAAUACUCGAAGCACUCGAUGUGUCCGACAAUGGGUUUAUGGAGGAUCACCGCGAUCUGGUUGGCGCACAACUCCUGGAGAAGCUUACUGUCCGUGAAUGCGGGCUGCGUAACGUAA